CCCCACUAGUAUCAUCAUCAUCAGCACCAUCCAGACGCAUUGGUCUUCGGCGGUCGAAAUAAUUCAUCUUCCAAGAAUAUAUUCAACCGCCGUUAGCCGGUUUCCUGCCAUGAAACAGGCUCUGCUAGAACUGACGAGGAUGAGCAGGAUUUGCCGGAUGGUACUCGCCACUUGUUUCGGAUCGUUUAUUCUGGUCAUCUUUUAUUUCCAAAGUAUGUUCCAACCAGUCAUGCGUAGGAGUCCGUUUGCAGCUGAUGCUUGCUGUCCAAAAAACUCACGGAAUGCCAUGCAGGAACUCUACAACCCCACACAGUCGGAAUAUUCCGGAGCGGCGUUCCUGCACCAGGCCCGGCGGGAGCAGGUGGCUGAGACGUGUCGGACGCAAGGCGCCUCCAGCAGGAAGCGUCGGGUACUGACUCCCGCCGAUCUCAAGCACCUGGUGGUGGACGAGGCCCACGAGCUCAUCUACUGCUACGUGCCCAAGGUGGCCUGCACCAACUGGAAGCGGGUCAUGAUGGUCCUGACCGGGCAGGGCAAGUACACCCACCCCAUGGACAUCCCGUCCAAUCAGGCGCACAUUCCCUCCAACCUCAAAACGCUCAACCAGUACAGCAUCCCCGAGAUCAACCACCGGCUCAAGAACUUCCUCAAGUUCCUGUUUGUGCGCGAGCCCUUCGAGAGGCUGGUCUCGGCCUACCGCAAUAAGUUCACCCUCAAGUACAACACCUCCUUCCACAAGCGCUUCGGCACCAAGAUCGUGCGCCGCUACCGCAAGAACGCCACGCUUGAGGCCCUGCAGUCCGGGGCGGACGUCCGCUUCCCCGAAUUCGCCGAGUACCUGGUGGACCCCACCACCCUGAAGGAGGGCCCUCUCAACGAACACUGGGAGACGGUCUACUCGCUCUGCCACCCCUGCCACAUCCGCUAUGACCUGGUGGGCAAGUACGAGACCCUGGAGGAAGACUCCAACUACAUCCUCCGGUUGGCGGGCGUUGCCGACCACGUGCGUUUCCCCACCUACACCAAGUCCACCCGUACCACAGACCAGAUGGCAGCCCAGUUCUUCCAGAACAUCAACGGCCGUCAGCAGGCCCAGCUCUACCAGCUGUACAAGCUGGACUUCCUGAUGUUCAACUACUCCAUGCCCAGUUACCUGAACAUUCAGUGAUACACCCCCUGUUCAUGGCAAAACCAAUCAGCUCUACUGACUGUGGUAUUCAGGCAGGGGGUUCUUCCAGUCAGAGACUAGAACUGAACUGAGAUCGAUGGGAAUGCCUGGACAUGCUGAUUGGCUUUUGCUAUAGUGUGGACUUGCUGAUUGGCUUUUUGAAAGGCUUGGACAUGCUGAUUGGCUGUUUGGAUGGCGUGGGUGUGCUGAUUGGCUGUUGAGAUCACACAAAAGUGCUGAUUGGCUGUAAGCAGAUGGGGGAAUGGUUAAAGGGCUUACUGCAGUGUGGGUCCUUUCUACCUGGAUGCAGGGCGUCUCAGGUGGGAUUGUGGGUAGUCUUAAGUAUAGUUGGAAAGUCGUUUGGGUUUGGGGUGGGGUCCUCUGUGACUCCGCCCUCAGCACAGGUACGCACAAGCCCCCAAAAGCUCUCAAGUUGUGGGAGGGAGACUGAGGGGCAUGACCUCUGGAAGACUCCUCCCACUGAUGAGACUCCUCCCGCAGGUCCAGGGUCCCCCUCAGUGUUAAAGGGACAGCGUCUCAGUGUGAGGAGCGAACGACCAGGUGCAUCGCCUUGCGCAGCGACCCGGAACUAGAACCCCUGCUUUCAUGAUGAAAUGAUGAUGCUGUUUUUUAAAUUGUAAAUUAAGAAUUGUUCUUGCUUUUUUUGUUUUGUCCAUUUAUUUUAAUUUUAUUAUUAUUAUUCAUGAUGAAUUAUUGCUGCGAGCAGCAAAAUAAAUAAUUAUUUAAAUUA